CUUUCGUUUAUAUAUGUAAAUUUCUAGGUCUGAAAACAAGAUCACUUUUGAAAACUUUAAUCGAUCUAAGCUUGACAAUUUACUCCGAAAACAUAUGACAAAAUUAAUUUUCUAACACCACGAUAAACACAAUAGAUUAAUAAUCAAGUAUAAAAUAAAAGAAUAACCCAAGUCAUUUAGUAUUGAGUGGAAAACGAUGUGUUUUUUACUGUGCAAUCAUUUAUUUUUGGAGCCCCCGCGGCGACGCCUCUGGGCGAAAUGUUGUCACCAAGGCUCGAAGAUUCUCGCUGGGCUUUCGCCCGGCACGUCGCUUCACCCAUAACCAUACCGCCAUACCCAUGCCCACAUCCACAUCGAGCUCCGAUGGCGCAUUCCGUUGCAGACCGCCGGCCGAGGCAGUCGAUUCAUUAGUAACCUCCAACGGCAUUGUAAAUUGGGAGUGGGAAAUCGGCGAAUCGCCAAAAUAAACAAGCUACCAACUAGCCGCUUGCCGUUCAGCAAUCGUUAAUAGCUUUGUUUUCAUUCUGGUUUUGUGCAGGUUUCUGUGCAGAACCCAAAAACACAGUCAAAACCAUUCCGAAGCCGAAAAAGUUUUUAUCGCGAGUUUCGACCUCGACGUGAAAGUUUCCAGCGCUGCGUGCACUUGGAUAUAUAAUACUCUGUAUAGAGCUAGUGCGCCAUGGCGAACGUGAAGAUAGUGGAGUCCAAGCUGGACAUAUUCCACGCGCCGCAGACACAUUCCUUGGCCCAUGCCGUCGAGUCAUCCUUUACGGCGGAACGGGGAACUCUCGCCUGGCAGUUUGCCCUGAUCUACGGGGAUGUGGAUGAACUAAGGCAGAGAAGGGUAUCCAGAGGCAACUGUGCCGUUCUGGAGCACAAUGCCCGAUUCAUAUACUAUCUGGUGACCAAGUCGAGUCUCUACGAGGCCAGCACUUACGACGAUGUCCAGGCAGCUUUGAUCUGCAUGCGGGAGCAUAUGCGCAACCACGAGAUCACCAAAGUGGCUAUGCCCCGAAUUUGCUGCGGCAACGAUGGCCUCGAAUGGAAGCAAGUGAAGCGUCUGGUGCAGCAGACCUUCUCCCAGAGCGAGUAUCCCAUCGAGAUACUCAUCUGUGAGCACGAAGACAUGUCCAAGGAGCUGGCUGCUCCCAAGUGUCAGAUUACGGAGGCCAGGGGGAACCUGUUCAGCGCCCCGGAGAACUACGCCUUGGUGCACUCCGUCAGUGCGGACUUCGCGAUGUGUGCGGGCAUAAAUCUGCAGUUCCGCUGCAAAUUCGGCCAAGUGGAUGAGCUGAAGCGCCAACACAAGCACACUGCAAAUGUGGCAGUGCUGGAGCAGGAUGGUCGAUAUAUCUACAACCUGGUGACCAAGGAGCGCAGUCACGAAAAGUGCACUUACACAGCUCUCUACUACGCAUUGCUGGCCAUGCGGGAACAUAUGGUGAGGAAUUGUACCUUUAAGGGCUAAAAGACCAAAACUGCAUUACUAAAAUAAAGAGAAAGAGGGAGCACGGAGUGACCAAGUUGGCCAUUCCCAGACUUGGAUGCGGCAUCGACCGUUUGGAUUGGUUGCGCGUGCGGAGUCUGCUGGAUCU